GUCCAGCUCCGCUUACUCCACAGGAGGAACAUCUCAACACGCUCCGAUGAGGAUUUCAGCUCUUCAGGAACAUUAAUAUUCACCUGAGCAUCUGAAUGUUUACUCAUCACCGUAUCCAGCAUGGCUGACGCCCGGAUUAAACGGCUAGUGGAACAACUCCAGGAAUGAUCCUCGCUGUGCUUUGGUUUGUCAUGGAGUAGCAGGAAGUGAGAUGGAAUUUCCUCUAUAUAAUCAGGGCGAGAUGAUCUCCACGUCAGACGUCUGCUGAAUAGUUUCAUAUGGCGGAGGGCUGUGGUGGUGUUUUCUAGUAUAUUCCGGAUCGCUGCAGAUAUGCUCCAGACCAAUAACUACUCGCUGGUGCUGCUGAUCCAGCUGGCACUGCUGACCUUUGACCUGUUCGUCAACUCCUUCAGUGAACUGCUGCGGGCCGCGCCGGUCAUACAGCUCGUGCUCUUCAUAAUCCAGGACAUCGGCAUCCUGUUUAACGUGCUCAUCAUUCUUCUCAUGAUGUUCAACACAUACGUGUUCCAGGUGGGGCUGGUGUCGCUGUUACUGGAGCGAUUCCGAGCGCUGCUGAUACUGUCUGCACUCUACCUGACUCUCAGCAUCUGCUUUCACUGCUGGGUCAUGAACCUGAGGUGGAUGGAGUCCAAUCGUUUCGUGUGGACGGACGGUCUGCAGGUUCUCUUUGUGUUCCAGAGACUGGCUGCUGUGUUGUAUUACUACUUCUACAAACGCACAACCGAGUAUCUGGGAGACCCCAGACUUUACGAAGAUUCCCCGUGGCUCCGUGACGCAUUUGCUAGAGCGCGACAGUGAAACGACACGCCUGGAAACAAACCCAAAAUGGUGCACGGGGGACGUUAACGUUGUGCAAUACAACACACAACCAAAGCAUUUCAAGAAACAAAACGGAUGGACUCAUUCAGAGCCCCGCCACCUUAAAACAAACUUCUGAAUUGUAGGAAAGAGCCAAAAUGGCUUCCAUGGAGCACACUGGCGACUGGAGAGAUCUCAGUUUGUGUUUUUAAUGACUGAGAAGCGCAACGAGAAAUAAAGCAUCAUGAAACCCGACGUCUGAAUGUCUCAAAACACAUCUUAGUACAAUAGUACAAAUGAUCUUACUGCCCGCACCAGGUGUAAAGCUACAAUUAUCAUAAAUUGCUUCUUACAUGUUGGUUGCGUAGACAUCUUGUUGUGUAAUGUAGUACGUACUAAAAUGUCUUUUUAAAAUGGUUUUGGAUCAUUGCUUGAGCAGAGUUUGAACGUACAGUCGAACUACGAGAGAUUUCGUUCACUUCGGUUUGCCUUUGAAACGACGAGUGGAAUUUGGGCUCAAGGAAUUGUGUGAAUUUUUUAAACAUUUUGUUUGUAAUGUUUUCAUAAACAUCCUCCAAGUGACACACGUUCGGUAUAUUUUCAGUAAAUUGUCGACGGAGCAUCAACAAAGUGCCUCGCUGUUCACCCAACACUACACAAAGUGAGUAAACAGCAGAGCGUCAGUGCACUUGUUAUGCCGAAAUCGAGAUCGCAUUUUUCUGUCAUUUAUGUUGUACUAAUAAACAUUUUCCA